UUUCACUGCUCAACAUACUUUGUGAACUUUGUAUUCAACUGUAAUGGAAAAGUUCUUAAGAUUUGAAUGACUCAGUGAGACAAUGCCUGUUUUUUCUCUUAGAUGCGAAUCGUGUGCAAGGACGUGACAGCAGAGACCCUCUACGACGUCUUGCACGACACGAGCUACCGGAAAAAAUGGGACACCAACAUGAUCGACACUUUCGAUAUUGGAAGGCUGACAGUUAAUGCAGAUGUAGGAUAUUAUUCCUGGAAAUGUCCAAGUCCAUUGAAGAACAGAGACUUUGUCACCAUGCGGUCAUGGCUUCCUCUUGGCAAUGACUAUCUGAUAAUCAACUACUCUGUCAAACACCCGGUAUGGUCUUUACCCAAGUGGGUAGUAAACAGGGCCUCACAGUUAGUGGCACCAAAGGCCAUGAAAAAGAUUUACAAAGCCUGCCUAAAGUACCCGGAGUGGAAGCGGAAACACGAGCCCAAUCUGAAGCCGUGGAGGUACCCGGAGCAGAACACGCUACCCUGCAUCAAUGUAGCUGACCUGACAGUGCAGAGAGCAGAUUCUUUGGAGAACAUCGACGAGAGCAGUGUGAGUGAGGAGAAAGCCCAGCACCACAGCGAUGAUGAUGAGACCUAAGAUAACUCACACUGACACUCCUGUGUUCUGUGUGUAUGUGAAAGCGACUGUGUGUCAUUCUCAGACAAGGAUGCUUCCCUUACAUUCAUCCUGUAAAUCAUACAUUCUUUGGAUUGAACAAAAUAACAUUAUAUUGUUUCGCAGAGAUUUAAAGACCUCCAUUCUAUGUCCGUACUCUGAGGAAGGGUCUGGUUGUAUUAGAUGUGUUUAACUGAUACGUUUUAUAGUGUAUGGUCAAAUAAUUCAGUGUAAAAUGACAUAAACAGUGUCAGUAAGUACUUUGGAAGUGUAAUAACUUUAUUGCUCAACGUUUCCAGCACACAAUGCAGAUGUGUCGUAUUAUUGUUACCCAUGUAACUUUAUUAAAUUACUUAAA